GCGUACCGGCCUACUUAAAGCACUAGGGAAUUAUGACACAAUGAUCAUUUUGGGGUGAACUGUCCCUUUAAAAAGUUUCAACACAGUCAACUGAAGCUCGAAUAUAUGACCUUUAAGCAGUCUGUUACGUACGACUAGAAGCACAUGGGCUGUUGUAGAAAAACCAGCAUGAAUACUUGAGCUGCCUGUCUGUAAACUGUAGGAGUGUACCUCGCUGUCCUUCUGCACCUGCGCGUGCACGAGCUCCGCCCACGCGUCAGGUGUUUCAAACGAAACUCGGCUGAAGUAAAGACGAUGUUAGUUACUCAUGCCGCCUGAACUGGAUGAAACACUUAACAAGCGCUCAAACUUAAGACUGCGUCACUAUAUAUCAAACCAGACAACAACAGCAAGUGGACGGAUUUACAUACAGUGAUGGAGGUGGAAGUGUUUAGGAGGUCGAUGAUUGAGACCGUCUCCAGAAGAGAUUCUGUUUCUGUGAAAUGUUCUCCAGCUUCCCAAAACCUUCGGAUGUCAACACCUCGAUCCAUCCCUCUGAGCAUCAGAAACACCCACAGGGAGUUUCGAGCUUCAUCUGCACCUUUGAUUCCCAAUCCGUUUCCGGAGCUCUGCAGCCCGACUCCGUUCCCGGUGCUGACCGGAUCCCUCGGCGGGAGGAAUCCCCCCUCUAACAGCAGCACACACGUGCUUCGGGUUUUUGGGGAUGCUACACACAGUCGGUCGGUUUUGGUGACGUCUGGGACGACGGCGCAUGAUGUCUGUAAAAUGUUAGCGCAGAAUGCACACUGUACGGAUGAGGAAAGCUGGGCUCUCAUUGAACAUCAUUCUGCUUUAGGCCUGGAGCGCUGUCUGGAAGACCAUGAGCUUGUGGUGCAGGUUCAGUCAUCCUGGCCAGUAGAGAGCGACACAAAGCUGAUCUUUCGUAAAAACUACGCCAAGUACGAGUUCUUCAAAAAGCCUGUGUUAUUUUUCCCGGAGCACAUGAUCUCUGACAGCGCUGAUGUCACUAAAGGCAUGACAUCAUCAGAGCUGGUGCAGAAUAUGGUGAAGAGCGGCUCCUGUCCAGAGAUUCAAGGCUUGCUCCAUGUGAGAGAGGGAGGUAAAAAGUCCUGGAAGAAACUCUAUUUUGUUUUACGACGCUCUGGAUUGUACUGCUCUAACAAAGGACAAUCAAAGGAACCUUGGCACCUGCAGUUUGUUGGAGAUCUGGAAGAUCUGAAUGUGUUCACAGUAUUCAAUGGCCGUAAACUUUACGGGGCUCCAGGAGAGCAUGUCUUCUGCAUUAAGGCCUCAAAAGACAGGUUUCGCUGUCAGAAUUUGAAGCUGAUGUGUGCUGACAGUGAGCAGAGUCGUACAUGCUGGAUCACGGCUUUCAGAUUGUUUAAGCAUGGGAAGCAGCUCCAGUGUAAUUACCAGCUGUCCCAGUCCAGCACCAGACUUCACAAACCAUCACGACCAGACUCCAAGUACACAGACCGGGACGAGUCGAUGGUGGCCAUGGAUUUUUCAGGGAAGAGCGGUGGUCGAGUGAUUCAGAAUCCACAUGAGGCCCAGAAUGCAGAGCACGAGGAAGGACUCAACUGGAGGAAGAGAGAAGCAUUACGUCACAGUUUACCCACUAGCAGUCACGGGUCACAGACCGCGGUUCAUCAGGUCCAGCCGUGGUUCCAUGGGGGCGUGUCUCGAGCUGAAGCUCAAAGGCUAUUGGAGGAGCAGGGCCAGGUGGAUGGGAUGUUUUUGAUCCGUGACAGUCAGCUUCACGCGCAGUGCUUUGUGUUGUCCUUGUGUUAUAAACUGAAGACCCAUCACUACCUCAUCAUUCCCUUGGAGCAAGGAGAUAAACAGUACUACACUAUGGACGAUGGUGUCACACUGUUCACAGAUCUGCUGCAGCUGGUGGAGUUUCACCAGAUCAACCGCGGCAUCUUACCUGUGUGUCUCAAACACCCCUGCACUUGCAUUGCACUCUAAACCUUCACCUUUGACCUCUUCCUCAAAACUAGCAUCUAAAUGACCCAGCACCAGUCUACAGACCAUGAAAGUUUUCAUUUUACGACUCGCAGUGGAUGUCAGGACGUUCAUUGUUUUCAGUAACCCCAAAAAAGACUUCAUUUCUGUACAUAGAAAUGUUAUUUAUAUUUUAUAUACCUCUAGCACACUGUAGAGCUCUUUACUAUUUAAAAAAUACUCUAAUUGUUUAUGGACUGCUUGUUUAAAGCCAUUUGUAUUCAACAUGCUUCUAUCCGGGAAUGUUUCUAAACCGGAAAGUGCACAAUCGUGGGGGAACUUCCUGCUAUUCCUUCCUUCAACACUAGGUGGCGCACUGGUGCUUUGAAUGCGGUACUGCUCAGGAAUUCUUCACUAAGCAAUAGUCAUGCAGGGAUACAUUAAUGCAUAUAUGAAGUUGCAGAAGGAGGCGAUUUCAAUGUAGCAGAUUUAUUAUUAUUAUUAUUCAUAAUAAUUGUAUUUUUUGUUCAACAUUGUUUAAUUUAAGGGUGUUUUUUCAUAAUAUUGAAGUUUAAGAUAAUUGAGAGUUUAUGUUUGCAUUAUUUUAUAUUUGUAUUUAGUUGACUGUUUUAUCAUUGGUUAACAGUUGUGCUUGGUUGUGUGCAUGUGGUUUAAUUUUGACCAAAGCCUCAAGUUGAAGUUUUUAAGUAAACGGAAUGUUUGUGUUUUAGAAGUUUGAAUCUGUGUGCGUGCGCGCGCACGUGUGUGCUUGUUGUUUUUCUGCAUUAAACUGUAUUUGACUCUCAGCAGGACCGUUUCUGGAGACGAACCUUCAGAUUGUGUGUGUGUGUGUGUGUGCAUGCUUCAGUUAACUUGACAUCACAGUGCAUCAGUUGUCAGGUCUCCACUGUGUUGUUGCCAUGGAGAUUAUUCCUGUAAUAUUCAGGGGAGGUCAUCUGUCCAGGCAGUAGUAUACACUGUAUGCUGUGACUGAUUUGCAUGACUCACUUUGAAUCCGAUUAUUGAAUGAGAUGGUGAUUUAUUCAGAUGUAAGUGCGGUGAUCACCUCACUGCAGCUGUUGAUAAAUCAUCCAUUAAUCCUGUGUUAUAAGGGUAAAUAAAGGAGGCGGUGAUCAGUCACUGAGUCAGGGAAAGACGCUUCAUUCAUCCUGACAAUAAUAAAUAUUAAAGUGCGAA